UUUUUCAUAUACGAAAAGAAAAGAAAAACAUUAACAGACCAGGCGACAUGGCAUCUCCACGCAGCUCACCACCUCCUCCCUCUCCACUUGUCCAGUCCGGCCUCGCCAAUCCCACUCCUCAGCAGUAGUCAACAGCCAGUCCUCGAUCCAGCAGCCAUGGCCUGCCGCGCAGGACCACCGCUCCGCCGGCGGCCGCCGCCGCGCCCCGCGCUGCUCGCUCUGGCCGUCCUCUCCUGCCUGCAGCUCGCCGCGUCGCAGCUGUCGUCGACCUCGACCCGGCCCCUUGCGCGCCCCGCCGCCACGGCGGCAGUACCGCUGGAAGAGGCCGCCGCCGGCGGCGGCGGCGUCGCGCGUCGCGCGUGCACGUACACGGUGGAGAUCAAGACGAGCUGCUCGUCCCCGCGGGCGUCCCCGGACGCGGUGAGCCUCGCGUUCGGCGACGCGUACCGGAACGAGGUGUACACGGCGCGGGUGUCGCCGGCGUACGGGUUCGAGCGGUGCGCCAAGGACACGUUCCGGGUCUCCGGGCCCUGCGGCUACGGCGUCUGCUACCUCUACCUCCGCCGCUCCGGCGGCGUCGGGUGGACGCCCCAGUGGGUCAGGGUGUACGAGCCCGCCUCCCGCACGCCCUCCACCUUCUACUUCGGCGACCCGCUCCCCAACGGCGUCUGGUACGGCCUCGACCGCUGCCUGCGCCGCCCCGCGCCCGGCGCCGGCGCCGGCGCCUCUCCCGACGCCGCGGCCCAGGCGUCACAGUGAGCGAUGGAUGGGGCUUGGUUGCGCACGGUGGAAGCCAGCAACAGGAUGACCACUCGUCGUCACGACGCGGCUGGCUGUGAGCCUGUGACGCGAUGAUUUGUGGAGCGUGCGAGAAUUCACUUCACUUUUACAAGUAUUUUUUUUCUACCGAGUGGAUAAAUCAUACAUGAUACAUCUGUGUGUAUACGCUGCAAUCACGUCAUGUAAAAACCUUGGUCGUAUUUGUUCGAGUAAUAAGAGCGUCUGAUCAGCCCUAUUUUGUUGGCGGUCACAUUUCUGACA